AUGGAUAAACGCCCUAUCAGCGGUAAAGGUGAACGUUUGGAAAUUGCAAAGCGCAAAUACGAGAUGUUUCAAAACAGACAAGACAAGCUUUAAGAAAUGGAUAAUAUCUUGACAGGGAAACAAAAAGAAACAAUUGUUCCAAAGCCUGGUGAAUUCGUUGUAGUUAGUACUGAUAAGAAAUUCGAUCCCAGUGCUGAGCUUUCAUUAGGUCUUGAUGAUCUUUUGGAUAGCGCUAGACAAACAAUAAAAUCAAGAUUAGAAUCAGCUAGAAAAUCAAGUAAACACAAGGUAGUUGGAAGAGGGAAAUCUAAUUCAACCCUAGGUCAAGCUGGAGCUGCCAGUAUAAAUCAAAAGAAGUCAAGUAUGUCUAUGCAGAAUGAUGAUAACCUUCUAUCAUCAAUUUCAAGUCUAGGGUCUUAAUAAGAUAAAGGAGGAGAGAAUUCUGAUAAGACGGGCUCCAUUUCAAAUAAUGAUCUAGGAACAAUGUCUCAAAAGAACAUGAUGAUAAGUGGAUCAAUUAGUAAUAACACUAAUGAUUAGUAUAUUUACUCUGCAAGGUUGGGAACUGGAGCUUCUCAUAGAUUUUUGAAUCCAUAACCUAUAAAUGAAACAAUCGAGGAGUAAGAAGUAAUAAUUGAGAAGCAGAAAUAGCUUGUCCAGAAUCCUGAUAUGAAAACUUCGAUGACAACUAGCAUCAGAAAUAUUAUGAGAAAAUAAGACAAAGAAAUGCUUACUCAAUCUAGCAGACUUUUACACUCAUAGCUGGAAGCUUUUGAACAGUAAAUGAUUCAAAGACAGUAAACAAUCUAAGCAAUAGAUUAGUAGAAGUCAACCCUAGAGCUCUUGCAGAACAAAUUGCAUUAACACUAAAAAUCCUCAACAAAUAUGCAGACUAUGCUCCCAUCAUUAAGCAGGUCUGGAAUUGGCCUUCAAGGCAAUAUUACUACUCAGUCAGGCGUAGACUAAUCUCAAACUCACAGAGCUUUAAGCAGACCUGGCUCAGCUUAUAUACUUUUUGGUGGUGAUAAAGAUGCUUUGAAGUCAGCUAAAAACAGAAUGAACAUCAAGGGCUCCAGAUAAAGGGAUAUCAUUUCAAAUUCUAACCACAGCUACAAACCUCAACCCUAGAAAUUCUAACUGGAAAAGAUCAAAGAUCCAUCAGUAGCAUCGCAUGUCAAAGUUCCAGUAUUACCGAAUCUAGUGUAGUAUCAACAGCAAAUGCUUAAGGAAAGAGAUCCCACUUCUCCAUUUCUAUAGGAUACUGAUAUCGCUCCAAUGAUUAUACAGGAGGAGAAUCCAAGAGUUACUCACUCUCCCUCACAUUAGAGAAUGUAUGAGGAAAUGGAAGAACGAAUCAGAAAUAGGGAAAAAUCUCCCAUGAGAUACUCUUAUAACCUAGACUCGCUAAAGACAAUUCGCUAGCAAAGUGGAAGCCCGUCUAGACAAAACUCUAGGUCUGGCACGAGACUCAAGAGGAAUAAGACUAAAAUGGCGUCCAUAGGAAAUACAACUAAUGCUCAAACAAGUCAACUUGAUGGGGAAGAAUCAAGAAUCGCCAAGAAAAAAUUCCUUCCAAUCGAUGCUUAUGACCCUUUGAUCGAUUCUGAGGAUCCUUAUCGAAUUAUUAUGGAAUACCGAGAUCACUAUGCAGGCAAAACUUUUGCCAAGUCUAAAUGGUUCUAUGCUAACGGUGACUCAGAGUUUAAAUAAUGUGAAGUAGUAAAAUAUCUGCCAGAUGAAGAGCUCUAUGAAAUAAAAUGGCUUUCUAAUGAUACAAAUAAAAAGGUCUCAAGAUUCAAUCUGAUAUUCUAAAAUGAGGAUGAAUAGGCCUUUAAUAGAAGAAUUGCUGAAGCCAGAAAGCAUAGAGAAGAUGCAGAGCUCAUAAUGAAAUACUACUACAUGAUCCAAAAUACUAAGAUACCCAAAUUUGAGAUAGAUGAUGAGCAAAAGACCAGAAUAUCCUAUUACAUAGCUUCAUUCAAAUCUAAUCAAGCCAACAUUAAGGGAUAUAAAUUUAGAGAUCCCUCCGAAUUUUUAGAGAGACCAUCAUCACUCAGAUACGUAAUGCCUCCAGAAAGCAGUUUUAAAAAGCCUAAUUUCAACUCAAACGUAGAAGAUAUCCAUAGAGAUUUCUUGGUCCAUAAAUAUAAUUUGUCCACACUUGGAAUACUGUUUAAAGAAAUGGAUCAAGAUUACUCUAGGACUCAUAAGUAAAUCUACUUCGAUUCCUAACUACCAUUCUCAGCUGAAAAGUAUACUAUAUUCAAGAACAUAUUACCCAGAGAAAAGUUCAUACCGGUAAGUGAAAGAAUCAUUGGUGAGACAGAACGAAAAGGUCUGAUUGAAAUUCCUAAGAGACAAAUACCUUUUAAGGAUUUACUCUCAAAUAUGAAGCAGAAAUUGCAUUAAGCCAAUUAAGAAAAACUCGAAUCAUUAAUGAGAGUAAAUUCCAACAUGAUAAGAUUUGCUCCAAUGGCAUUCUUUAAAACUAACUAUAAGUCUGCUUAAACGAAGGAAAUGUUUCUCAUGACAAAUAGAGUCUAAGCUGGAGAUGUUAUCAGAGAAGUUAGAAACUGUAUGUUUGACUCUCAGUAUGAGAUCCAUUCUAUGAUUGCAACUGAAGCAAAAAGAAUCAAAGAAAUUAAUAAUCAGAGAAGAAAGGCUGCAAGCUAUCAGUCUAAACCAUUGUAAGAUACUUUAUAGGCUUUAAUUUAUUUUAGUAAAGAGGAGUAAAUCCCAGAUACUUUUGUUAAUGAAAUGUCUCAAUUUUAGAUACUACUAAAUAUGCUAUAUGAAAGAGCAGUGAGAUAAUGCUUUGAAAAUUCGAUUGCUAUUCUGAUUUAAAGCUUAUUAGAGAUUAGAGGAUACAUGAAUGACUCAAUUUAAAAGGAUAUUAGUACUGAAGAAGCUAUUAAUGAAAAAGAUUGUCUCCAUUUGGCUAUGGAUCCAGUUCUGGCUAAAAGAUUAGAAAAGAAUUUUAAGCUGAAAAUCCAAGUAGUCUUUAAUAAGGAAAGAGGUACAGUAGAAUUAUCUCCUCCAGUAUCUGAAUGGCUCAAUGAUAUCACCAAACUAAUCUACUAUGAUACCGAAUAAAUAUCCCUAGUGCCUUGCUUCUCAGCUAAUGAAAUUGGAAGUGCAAGAGAGGGUAACAAGGUAAAGAUAUUCUAAGAUAAGGAUGAGUUCGUUGAAAAGUCUAUUUCUAAAGUUAUUGAAAUCCUUGCAUAAUUAUUCAGGAUACCCUAAGAGGUGGAAAGGAUUAUUGCUUAAUACUAGAAAAUUUUAGCAACAGAUAUCUCGAAAUUCAAAAAGGAAUACAAAAUCAACGACUAUCCUGUGGAAAAAUACAAGGAUGAACUUGAGGCUAACUAGAGAGCAAAGGACCAUAUUGAGAGAGUACUUUUCGAGGAUAAAAUUAAAUGUGGGUUCUUUUAAAUUAAUGGAAGCCACAUAAAGAAGCAGUUUCUAGAUAGAAUUGAUUAACUGAAUAAAGUACUAUUCCAAUGUGUCAAAAAGAAGAUUGAUCAGACCAAUGGAUUAAUUGAAAAGGAGGUCGAGUUCAUACUGUCAAUAAUUAAUAAAGAACCUAUUGAAAACAUUGAAGAGUUAACUGAUAUCAAUGACUUCUUAAAUAAUCUUGACAAGAAGAUGCUCUCAAUCAGAGAUCUCAUUAAUGAUGUGAUGGGUAAAAUGGGUCUAUUAGAGGAAUAUCAAUACAAAUUACUUGAAGAGGAGUUCACAAGAACUUGGAUAUCUUUCUCAAAGCCUUUAGAAAUAUUCAGAGCUGAAUUUGAUUGCAGAAGAAGAAUGAAGCGGGAUGAAAGAGAUUUCUUCCAAGACCUUAGAUUGAUGAACGAGAAACUGCUUAAGGACUUUGAUGAAAUCAAGAUUGAAUUCGAUAUACUUCAAAGAAGCGAAGAGCUUACAGAGUACGAAGACUCAGUCAUCAAGUGUGAUAUUCUAUAUGAUAAGAUUGAGAGAGCUUUGGCAAUUGCUGAGGUAGCCAAUAGAAGAGAAGGAUUAUUUAAAUUAAAGAAAACUGACUUCACUGAAAUUGAUCAACUAAAAGCCCAAUUUAUUCCUUAUAAUACAAUGUGGAAUCUUGCUAGAGAUUAUUUCUAUAAGAUUGGAACAUGGAUGAAUGGGCCAUUAUGUGAUAUUGAUAGAGAUAAGAUAACCACAGAGAUAACUGAAGCCUGCUAAAAUCUGAUUAGAUUAGAAAGAGUUGACUUUAAAGAAAGAAGAUCUACUGGCAUUGUUUGUGUCUAACUUAGAAAAUACUAUGAAGACUUUAAGCCAUUCCUUCCUUUAAUUAUUGCCUUAAGAAAUCCAAGUUUGAAAAUGAGACACUGGGAGAAUAUGCAAAAGCUCAAGAAUCCACCAUUCACAGAAAUUGAGCACGAACUUCAUGUUAGUAUUCAGGAAUUAGUAGAUAAGGGAGUAAUGGAUAUAAUCGAGGAGAUUAAUGAAAUUUCAGAUUUUGCUUCCAGAGAGAAGAAAUUGGAGGAUUCUAUUUCUAAGAUGAGAGAUGAAUGGAAACAUAUCAAGUUUGAUCUAGUAGAGUUUAGAGAUUCAGGUACAUAUUGCUUAAAGGGGGCUGAGCCUAUUUGGGAUCUUCUUGACGAGCAUAUUAUGAAAACUAUGACUAUCGCUUCUUCACCCUAUAUUAAAUUCUUACAAGCUGAAGUUAACUUCUGGAAAACUACUUUAAUCAAGGUCUAAGAAAUAUUAGAAGAGUGGACUAAAGUCUAGAGAGGAUGGCUUUAUCUUUGGCCCAUUUUCAGUUCAGAAGAUAUAUAGAGACAGAUGCCAAUCAUUAGUGCUAGUUUCUAGACUGUGGACAAGAUUUGGAGAAAUAUAAUGAUGAACACACAUUAAAACCCUAAUGUACUUGAUUCAUGUCUUCAAAGUAGAGUGUUUGAAAACUUUUAGUCUUGCAAUGAAAUGAUUGAUCGCAUCUAAAAGGGGCUCAAUGAGUAUCUAAAUACCAAGAGAAUGGCAUUCCCAAGAUUCUUCUUCCUAUCGAAUGACGACUUAUUGCAUAUUCUCAGUUAGACUAAGGAUCCUCUGAGAGUUCAGGAUCAUCUUAAUAAAUGUUUUGAAGGAAUCGAUAAACUAGAAUUCGAAUAAGGAAGUUCAAAGGUCAUUAAGGGUAUGUACUCUUCAAUGGGAGAGUAUAUUGAAUUCAUAAAGCAUAUUGAUCCUUUCAAUAGGGAGACUAAUGAAGUUAGAAAUGUUGAAGAGUGGCUUACAGAUGUUGAAGUUCAAAUGAGAGAUAGCUUAAGAGACUUAGUAAAGAGGAGUUCAGCAGAUUACUCAGUAGAAAACAGAAAGAAUUGGCUUUUCAACUGGUCGUCUCAAAUAGUAUUGACCUUAGAUUAAGUAUUUUGGACUAUUCUAGUUGAGCAAGAGGGAAUUACACAAAUGAAGACAAAUCCUUCUGCUAUGAAAGAUGUAUACCACUAAGAGGAAUAAAAACUUUAAGAACUUGUUACUUUAAUCAAAGAUUCAGAUAAUCAAUCACCAACUUCAGUUCUUACCUUAGGAGCACUAAUAGUACUAGAUGUACAUUCGAAAGAUGUUACAAAAGACUUAGCUCUUGCUUAGGUCGACAAUUUAGCUGCAUUUGAUUGGAUGUGCUAACUUAGAUACUAUGUUCAAGAUGAAGUGCUCACAAAAGGAAAAGAAUCUCCAUUAGAGAUUAAUGUAAAAAUGGUGUCAAGCAGCAGACUUUAUGGAUUUGAAUACUUAGGAAAUCAAACAAGACUGGUUAUUACCCCAUUAACUGACAGAUGCUAUAGAACAUUGAUGGGAGCUUUAUAAUUAAACUUAGGAGGAGCACCUGAAGGGCCAGCUGGUACUGGUAAAACUGAAACAACCAAAGAUUUAGCCAAGGCCUUGGCAAAGCAAUGCAUUGUCUUCAAUUGCUCAGAUCAACUGAAUGUUGAGGGAAUGGCUAAAUUCUUCAAAGGGCUUGCUUGUUGUGGCGCUUGGGCAUGCUUCGAUGAAUUCAAUAGAAUUGAACUAGAAGUAUUGUCAGUUAUUGCAUAACAAAUUCUAACGAUUUAAUCAGCUUUAAUGAGAAGAAGACCUUAAGCACCAUUCUUAUUUGACGAUGAACAGAUUCCUAUGAAUCCAACUUGUGCAGUAUUCAUUACAAUGAAUCCAGGUUAUGCAGGAAGAAGUGAACUGCCAGAUAAUCUAAAAGCCUUAUUUAGGCCUGUAGCUAUGAUGAUUCCAAAUUAUGCAAUGAUUGCUGAAAUUUCUCUUUACUCGUUUGGGUUUCAGAAUGCUAGAGAACUUAGUGUCAAAAUUACAUAAUCUUUGAGAUUGGCAAGUGAGUAACUAUCAACUUAAUCGCAUUAUGACUAUGGUAUGAGAGCAGUUAAAUCAAUCAUCCUUGCUGCUGGAGGUUUAAAGAGAGAUUACUAAGAUGAGGAUGAAAGCAAACUCGUUCUUAGAGCUAUUAGUGAUUGCAACAUCCCUAAAUUUAUUACAGAAGAUAUUCCACUAUUUGAAGGCAUCAUUUCUGAUCUUUUCCCAACUACUGAUAAGAGUAAGCCAAAUUAUCAAGGAUUAUAAAGAGCCAUAAAGGAAGUGCUUAUGGUAAGGAAUUUGGAAGAGAAUGAAGAGUUUGAGACAAAAACUAUUCAAUUAUUUGAGACAGUUUAAGUAAGACAUGGUCUAAUGAUGGUCGGAGGAAUAAUGAGUGCCAAGACUACAGUCAUUAAUACUUUGGCUGAAGCAUUAACUCUAGUAAACAAAGAUAAUUCAGAAGAUCCAAAUGAUUACGAAAAAGUUAAAAUUAACACUAUAAAUCCUAAGUCUAUCUCAAUCGAUUAACUCUAUGGAGGUUUCGAUAAGAUCUCUCACGAUUGGAGUGAUGGAGUUUUAGCUACUGUGAUUAAGGAUUGUGCAACAGAUAAAAGUGGAAACAGAAGAUGGAUCUUACUAGAUGGACCAGUCGAUGCUGUUUGGAUUGAAAAUCUCAAUACUGUUCUUGAUGAUAACAAAAAGCUUUGUUUAUCCUCUGGAGAGAUAGUAAAGUUUACUCCUAAGAUGACUAUGAUGUUUGAAGUUGAAGACUUGCUUGAAGCCUCACCAGCUACAGUAUCCAGAUGUGGAAUGGUAUAUCUGAAUCCUGAAAAACUAGGCUGGCAUGUUUAAAUCCUCCCUUGGAUUCAGAGUCUACCAUCAUAGCUUAAAGCAGAUGGUAGAUUGCAAAUUUACAGCGAGCUGAUUGGCUAUAUGGCACCAAAGGUAAUUGGCUUCUUAUUUGGCUAUGAUCAAACUGUUGAAGAGGAAAAGAGACUAGAAAGUUUGAAAACAGUCAUCUAAGUAACUAAAAAUUGGAGCUUUAGAUCUUUCUUAGCAUUAUUCGAAUCAUUAUUGCUUAAGAAUGAAACUAGAGACAGUCUUCAGAAGAAAGAGCAAGAGUAAAAAGACAGAGAAGAGGCUAAAAAGAAGUAUGAGGAGAUGUAAGGACUCAAUAGGCAAGAUACAAUUAAAAGAAAGUAAAAAGAUGAGAAGAAGUUGUCUGGUAACUAAAAGACUGAAAUAUUCAAUUUAUUCUUAAUGGCACUAAGUUGGGGAUUCGGUGCUCCACUUCACACUGGUGGUCGCCUCUAGUUCAGUGAAUACCUGAUUGGUGAAGUUUAAAAAAUAUUUUCCAAUCCAUCUGCAAGUUUUAGCUUUGGAGAUGAAUUAGUCAAGAGAAUGGUGCUUGAUGAAAGUGGAGACUUCUUUAGCUACUACUAUGAUUCUGAUAGAGAGUUUUGGGUUAGAUGGGAUUAUGACUUGGAAAAGUAUGACAUUCUAGGAAAUCUUAAUAACUAACAAAAGCCAACUGAGGAUGAAUACGGGAAUCCCAUAGAAUAAGUAGAACAAGAAAUUGAAUUCUAAAGCAUUAUGGUCCCAACUGAGGAUACAAUAAGGUACUCGUACUUAUUAAAUGCUUUGGCAAAUCAUUCAUUCCCUGUGCUUUUCAUAGGUGAAACUGGUACAGGAAAAACUGCUACUAUAAAGAAAUUCUAAAAUCAAAUUCUUUCUAAGGAUGAAUGGGAAAAUGGCUAAAUGGUACUCUCCGCCACUUCUACAGCAUUCCAAGUUCAAGAUUAUAUUUAAAGCAAGGUAGAGAAGCAAAAGAAAGGAGUUUUUGGACCAAAAGUCCCAGGCAGAAGACUUCUUAUUUUUGUAGAUGACUUAAACAUGCCAGCUAAAGAGAAAUAUGGAGCUCAACCUCCUAUUGAAAUGCUAAGACAGACUAUUGAUAGUGGUGGCUUCUAUGACCUUAAGGAAAACGAACUAAUCAAGAUAGUGCAGGUCACAUUUGUUGCAUCAAUGGGCAUCCCAGGUGGUGGAAAAACACUACCUACUAAAAGACUAAUGAGGCAUUUUAACCUGAUACACAUUCCCCCCUUUUCAAGUGAAAAUUUGUACAGAAUUUUCAGCAAGAUUCUAGAAUGGGGAUAUGCUGAAUAUCCUGAACAAUGGUAAAAGCAAAUUAAGAUGAUUACUAAGAUAACAAUUGCUCUUUAUGAAAGAGCAGUUUAAGUUUUGUUGCCAUUGCCCUCCAAAAGUCAUUAUCUAUUUAAUCUAAGAUAAGUCUCUGAAAUAGUGCAAGGUCUACUAAUGGUCCCUGAAUAAGUAGUGGCAUAAACUGAAGAUAAAUAGAGGAUUGGGUUAUUGUAGAGAUUAUGGAUACAUGAAAGUGUCAGAGUAUACUCUGACAGAUUAAUUAAUGAUGACGAUAAGAAGCUAUUUAUGUAAACUCUGAUUGAUACAGUUAAUACAGUCCAAUUUAACUACAUCGAUUUCACAAAGUUUAACCCCGAUGGAAUAAUAUUCAAUAACUUUGUCAAAUAUUAGCCAGCAGAUCCAAUCUAUGAUGAAAGCAAGGGCUUGGAGAAAAUGAAAGAGACUAUAUCUUAGAUCUUAGAUCAUUAUAAUAUUGUUCAUAAAGACAAAAUCAACCUGUUGCUCUUCGACUAUGUGAUUCAACAUCUGAGUAGAAUAUCAAGAAUUAUUUACAAGCCAUAUGGUAAUGGGCUCCUUAUUGGAUUAGGUGGCAAUGGCAGAAAGAGUUUGUCAAGAUUAGCAGCUUUCAUUAAUGAAUGCCAGAUGUUUAAAGUGGAGAUUACAAAAAGUUAUGGUAAAUAUGAGUGGACUGAAGAUCUUAAAUCGCUUUAUAAGAGUUUAGGUAUGGAUAACAAGAAGUUAGUGUUUACUUUCGCUGAAUCAGAUAUAAAAGAAGAAUUCUUUAUCGAGGAUCUAAACAAUAUAUUGAAUGUAGGGGAAGUACCUAAUUUGUAUACAGCUGAUGAGAUUGAAGAAAUCAAGUAUGAAAUGGGAAAAAUUGUAAAGAAAAGAGAAGGUGAUCCUUAUGAGGUAUUUGUUAAAAGAAGCAAGAAAAAUCUUCAUUUGCUACUUUAUAUGAGCCCAGCUGGUCAAAAGAUGCGAUAAUACAUUAGACAAUAUCCUUCAUUAGUUAAUUGUACAAGUAUAGACUGGUUCUUAUCCUGGCCAGAAUAGGCAUUGUAGACAGUUAGCAACUUUUUCUUACGAGAUUCAAGUCUAUUUGAGUUUAAGAAACCAAACAUGGUUAAAAGAGUCAAAGUAUCAAUAGAAAAUGAAGAAAAUCAAGAUCUACUAAAUAAAAGUAAUAUAGAUCUUAUAAACACUGGAGAUAAUAAUGGAAUCAUGACUCCUAAGGAAAUUGAAUAUGAGAUUGUAGAAGAGUAACUUUUACCUGAAGAGCUUGAACAUAAUUAGCAAAUGGAAGAAUUGCAGAAUAAAGUAGCAGAUAUAUAUGUCAAACUCCACAAUGCAGCCUUGAACUUAGCUCAAAGUUACUAAAUAGAAAAGGGUCGCUAGGUAUAUAUCACUCCAACUAGAUUUAUUGAGAUAUUUAAGCUAUUCGAAACCAUAAUGAAGAGGAAGCAUUAAUAACUAGAUGAUGAAAGAAAUAAGUAUUUGAUUGGUAUUCAGAAAUUGGAAGAAGCAAAUAUCAUUGUUGAUAAAAUGAAAGAGCAACUAGAAGAUCUUAAACCAGUGUUGGAACAAAAGAGCAAAUAAGUAGAAGCUACUAUGAUAUUCUUAGAUAAGGAAACAAGAGAGGUUGAAGCAGUCAAGGCUGUAGUAGAUGCCGAAGCAUAGAUUGUGUUCUAGCAAAAAGAAGUGGCUGAGGGCAUCAAGAAUGAAUGUAUGUCUAGACUUUCCGAAGCCUAGCCGCUUCUUGAUGAGGCUCUAAGAGCUUUAAAGACUUUGAAUACCAAAGAUUUUGUUACGAUGAAAUCUUACAAUUCUCCUCCAGCUCCUAUUAAGUUAGCUCUAGAAGCAUCUUGCAUCAUGCUAGGUGUGGCGCCUAAAUAUAUUGAGGGCCCAGUUGAUAAGACUACUAAAAAGGCAAAAAAGAUACCAGAUUAUUGGGAAAAGUCCAAGAAACUCCUUAAUGAUUAUAAGAAGUAUAUUGGAAGUCUUGAAAACUAUGAUAAAGAUAACAUUCCUGAAGAUAGAAUUUAAAAGAUCUAAGAAUAUCUGCAAAAUCCGAAAUUCGUCCCAGAAGAAAUUAGAAAAGCAUCCGAGGCUGCUGAAGGUAUUUGCAAGUGGGUUAUUGCUGUUUGCAAAUAUGAUAUUGUGGCUAAAGAGAUAAGACCAAAGAGGGAAGCUUUAGGUUUAGCCUAAGAUAAACUCGGAGUAGUACUUAAACAAUUGUAAGAAAAAGAAGCAGAACUGUAAAAGAUCAUAGAUAAGAAAAAUGUACUAGAAGAGGAGUUUAAGAAUCAAAACUUUGAAAAGUAAAACUUGAUCAUGCAAAGAGAUGAAUGCUAAGCUAAGCUGAACAGAGCUAGCAUUCUAAUGAACAGUUUGGGAAAUGAGAAGGAGCGAUGGAUCAAGACAAGUGAGAGACUGCUAAGAGAGAAAAGAAGUUUACUAGGUGAUAUGAUUAUAAGUACAGCUUUCGUAACCUAUAUGGGACCAUUUGAGGGUUCUUAUAGAGAAAGGAUCGUUCACUAAGACUGGAGAAUCAUUGUAUCAUAAUAAGAUAUUUUAGUAGGAGAUAGAUUUAAUCUGAAGGAUACUAUCGGAAUUCCUAGUUUAAUUUAGUAAUGGUAAAUCAAAGGUUUACCUUCUGAUAAUGUUUCAAUAGAAAAUAUGAUAAUAAUGGAAGAAACUAAAGAAAAAUGGCCAUUAAUAAUAGAUCCUUAAGGUUAAGCAUUAAAAUUCCUGAAAGAGCAUCUUGGAGAUAAUGAUUGCAUAACUAUUAAGGUGUAAUAAGAAAAUUAUAGCAGAAAACUUGAAGCUGCGAUGGCCUAAGGUUAUACAGUACUUUGUGAAAAUUUAGGAGAAAGCUUUGAUCCAGCUAUCAAUGCAAUAAUUAAUAAAGAAAUUUUCGACAUUCAAGGCGAUAAAUACAUAAAAUUCAAUGAUAAUCAGGUAGAAUAUAAUGACAAAUUCACAUUCUUUAUGGUGUCAAAUCUCAAUAAUCCUCACUUUACCCCUGAGAUUCAUACUAAGACUAGAAUCUUGAAUUUUUCAGUCACAAAAGAAGGUCUUGAGCAAUAGCUACUCUCUAUAGUAUGCAGAAAUGAAAGUGCAAGAGAUGAGGAUGAGCGAGACAAAAUCUAAAGAUAAAACAUUGAAUUCAAAGAUUAAAAGAGAACAAUAGAAGAUUAAAUCUUACUUUAGCUUUCAUAGUCUGGACAAGAUAUUCUUGAUGAUGAUUCUCUCGUAAAUUCUCUUAAUGAGAGUAAGAAAAUUACUGACGAUAUCAAGGUUAAGCUUAAAUCUGCAAAAGUAAUUGAAGAACGUAUUGAGGAAAACAGAAAGAACUACAAACCUGUGGCAAAGCAUGGUGCCAAACUUUACUUCUGUGUCUAAGAACUUCCAGCCUUGGAUCCAAUGUAUCAGUUUUCAAUGAGAUGGUUCAGAGAUUUAUUCGUGUAAAGCUUCACCUACAGCCCUGAAAAAGUUAAGGACACUAAAGGCAGAGUGAAGUAACUCAAACAAGAUUUCUUAAAGGUACUCUACGCUAAUGUUUGUCGAAGUUUAUUCGAAUAGCACAAAAUUAUGUUCGCUUUCAGUAUGGCUAUCAAGUUAAAUGAAGAAGAUGAUGAUCAUUCAGGAGGAUCAGGAGAUGCCCCAGGCUUAAAGAUGAGAGAAGUAGAAAUGCUUUAGUCAUUACAUCCUACUGGAACUUAAAAUGCCAGUUCUCAUGGACAUAGUAUUAAAAAGAAUACCAAAUCUAUUGUUGACAAAAAGAGUGAUACAGGUUCAUAAGUCGGUGUUUCAUUGAUAGCCUAGUAAAUGCAAUAGAAAAAUGAUGAGGAAAGACUUAGAAUUCCAAAAGAAGAACUUAGAUACUUAUUGACAGGACUAGUCUCUCCCGACGUUGAGGUUGAGGAAAGAACCAACCCUGUUGAGUCGUUUAUGGACAACAAGACUUGGCAAUCUGUUAUGGAACUCGCUACUCUAGAUCAUUUCGAAAUGCUACCUGAGGAAAUAGAAAGAAAUCCAGUUGCUUGGAAGAGAUUCAUUCAAGUCUCAAAUGAACCAGUGCCUGAGCCAUUUAAUAAUCUCUUACCAGAUUUUGCAAUGAUACUAAUGCACAAAAUUUUAAAGCCUGAGAAGACUAUUCAGAUGAUUCAGAAGUACAUUGAAAAAGCAUUAGGAUCUUUCUUCAAUAAGCCAAUCAUAUUCUCAUUGGAAGAGGUAUUCGUUGAUAGUAAACCACACAUACCAAUAAUUCUCAUCUUGACACCAGGUAAUGAUCCUAUGGAAUAGAUUAAGAAAUUCGGUGAGGAGAAAAACAGAAUGCCAUAUCCUGUCUCCCUAGGUAAGGGAUAGGGAGAAAAAGCAAAGGCUCUGAUCAAUGAAAUAAAAUAAUAUGGUGGCUGGGUAGUGCUGUAAAAUUGCCACUUAGCAACUAGUUUCUUACCUGAGCUUGAAUAGUUGAUAGAAUCCAUUCAGCCUUCAGCCUUCUAAUCUUCAAGCAAGAAUAAAUUGGAUGAUGAUAAGGACAAUAAAAAAGAUGUGAGACCUCCAAAUCCAGAGUUUAGACUUUGGCUGACUUCAAUGUCGGAUGAUAAAUUCCCAUUCAGUAUUUUACAAAACUCUAUUAAGCUGACUAGCGAACCUCCAAAAGGAUUGAAGUCCUCAUUAAUUAGAUCCUACACAUAGAUUGAAUCCUCAAAAGCAGAAAAAGAAUUCUUUAUGAAUAAUAGCAAGCCUGACUAAUGGAAGAAACUAUUCUUGGCACUCUCCUUCUUCCAUGGAAUAGUAAGAGAAAGAAGAAGAUAUGGGUCAUUAGGUUGGAAUUUAAGAUAUGAUUUUAAUGAUUCAGACUUCAGAAUUUCAAUGAGAUAGCUACAUUUAAUGAUUGACACAUUUGAUUAAAUACCAUUUACUGCUCUCUAAUACCUUACUGGUGAAUGCAACUAUGGCGGAAGAGUAACUGAUGAUUGGGAUAGAAGAACUUUGAUUACUAUUCUGAAAGAUUUCUACAAUAAGAAAUGCUUAAAAACCUAACAUGAAUUUGCUGUUGGGCUGAAGGAAUACUAUAUCAUGCAAGAGGGUGAAUUUGAUGAAUACUCUGAGUACAUUAGAAAUCUCCCAGAUGAAGAGUCACCUCUUUUAGUUGGAUUAAAUGAUAACGCUAAUAUAACCUAUGCUAUUAAUGAAGCAACAACUAUAAUCUCAGAUGUUCUUAGAAUUUCUGCAAAUUCUGGAUCCGACUAAUCAGGAGGCUCUCAGUCUUUACAAGCAAUGAAAAUGGCUAAAGAAAUUCUCUACCAAAUUAGAGAACCAUUUAAGAUCAAAGAGGUUGAGAAGAAAUUCCCAUUCAGAUAUGAGGAAUCAAUGAACUCAGUACUAUUACAAGAGUUAGCUAGAUUCAACACUCUAAUUGAAGUUGUAAAGUCAUCUCUUGAGAUAUUGAUCAAGACUCUUGAAGGUAAAUUGGUGAUGAACCUAGAAAUAGAAAGAAUGCUCAAGAGUAUUAUGAAUAAUACAGUCCCUGAUAACUGGAAAGCAAGAUCCUACCCAAGCAAGAAACCUUUGCUAUCCUAUAUUAAAGAUUUCUAGAAAAGAUUACAGAUGCUCGAUGACUGGAUUCAACAUGGAUAGCCCAGUAAUUUCUGGAUUUCAGGAUUUUUCUUCACUUAAUCUUUCCUAACUGGCGUUAAAUAAAACUUCGCAAGGAAAUACAAAUAUCCAAUAGAUAAAAUAAUCUUCACGUUCAAGGUUUUAAAAUACGAGGACAAUAUUUCUAAACAACCAGAAAAUGGUUGCGUCGUAAAAGGACUCUAUCUGGAAGGAGCUGGAUGGAAUAACAAGUAAUCUAUACUUGAAGAAUCUUAGCCUAAGGUACUCUUUGUUGAGUUGCCACCAAUGCACUUCCUUCCCAUCAUAUAGGAGGAAGUUAGCCUAGAAAAGCCAAUUAACAUAAAGAAAAAAGAUGAUGAUGAGCAGGAAUCAGAUCAUGAUAGUGAAUAGGAAGAUAAAAAGUAAUAAAAAUUACUUAAACACUAUACUUGUCCUGUCUAUAAGACAAGUCAAAGAGCAGGCACUCUUUCUACUACUGGUCACUCUACGAAUUAUAUACUAUGCACAGAGAUUCCAACAUUUGAGGAGCAAGACAUAUGGGUUAAGAGAAGUGUUGCAAUGCUAUCUCAGCUUGAUGACUGA